AACAAACAGUUAAAGCGAAAUAUGGAUUUUGAGCAUGCCGAUAACGAUAACGAUAAUGAGCAUAAUCCGAAUUUGUCCAUGGAAAACAGCAGCGCCAGCAACAGCAGCAGCAGCAACAGCAACAACAAAUUGAGGCUGAUGAACAUGAGCAUUCACCCACUCCUAUUCAACAGCAAUUACCACAGGCAGACGAAUCACGUGUCGAGGCUGAGCAGCAGGAGCAGCAGCACCAGCAGCAGCAACAACAGCAGCAGCGCCGCAACGAGUUCACGACACACGCGUCACUUCUACAGCAACAACGGCAGCCACUUCAGCAACGAAAUGUACGCCGGCGGCCACAAAUCGAGCAGCCAGAGAGAUGGGCACAGCCAGAGCCACAGUUCAUCUCGGUUGGCAGGAGGCAGCGGCGGAGGUGGUGGCGGGAGCGGCACACGAAACGCAAAUCAAUCGGGCCAUCAGGGCGUCGAUCCCUUGCGUCUGCUCUAUCCGAAUGUGAAUGAGAACGAGACGCCGCUGCCACGCUGCUGGAAUCCACAUGACAAGUGCCUCAACAUCGGACUCUCGCACAACAAUCUGCGUGUCACCUACAAAGGCGUUGGCAAACAGCACAGCGAGGCAGCUGGCUCUGUGCGCACCGCAUACCCAAUACCACCGUCCUGUGGCCUAUAUUACUUUGAGGUGCGCAUCAUUUCCAAGGGACGUAACGGUUACAUGGGCAUUGGACUGACCGCUCAGCAGUUUCGUAUGAAUCGUCUGCCAGGUGGGGAUAAACAGUCGUAUGGCUAUCAUGGUUACGAUGGCAACUCGUUCAGCUCUUCGUGCAAUGGGCAGUCGUAUGGACCCACUUUCACCACCGGCGAUAUAAUUGGCUGUUGUGUAAAUUUUCUGAACAACACUUGUUUCUACACCAAGAACGGCUUCGAUCUGGGCAUCGCAUUUAGAGACUUGCCGACCAAACUCUAUCCGACGGUGGGCCUGCAAACGCCCGGCGAGGAGGUGGAUGCCAAUUUCGGCCAAGAGCCUUUCAAAUUUGAUAAAAUUGAGGAAAUGAUGCGAGACAUGCGCGCCACCAUCUUGCGCAAAAUCGACAGAUAUCCACAUCUGCUGGAGACUCCCGAGAAUCUAAUGAACAGGCUGGUCUCCACAUAUUUGGUGCAUAGUGGUUACUGCAAGACUGCGGAGGCCUUCAAUGCCUACACACAUCAGCCCUUCGACGAGGACUUGGCCUCAAUCAAAACACGUCAAAAGAUAAUCAAGCUCAUACAGACAGGCAAAAUGAGUCAGGCCAUUGAGAAUACGCUACGCGCAUAUCCGGGCCUCCUCGAGAACAAUAAAAAUCUUUGGUUUGCACUCAAGUGUCGCCAAUUCAUUGAGAUGAUCAAUGGCGCUGACAUUGAGCACGCCAAUAACAAAGUGACCGCCACCACACAGACCAUGCCCACAAAUCAAACGUCAGUCAUACAGUCGACCAAGGCGUUCAAGCACAGCAAAUCCGGCGGCAAUAUUAGCGGCAACGGCAGCGGCAAUGGCAGCGCCAGCACCAACACCAACACCAACACCAACCAGCCACAAAACAACACUGCGAACUCAGCUGUGAUAAAACCAGGCGAUAAAACAGAUCCCAAAAUCAUGAUUAUUGAUGACAACUCCAACAAGUGCCCGGAGCAUGAUUCAAAUAGCAUGGAUGUGGAAAUGGAGCCUUGCAACAGUCACUCCAAUGGCGACUCCUGUUCAAAUGGCAAUGCCAGUGUAGCACGUAACUCUCUAGAUGCCAUCGAUGAGGAAAUGGGUAUGAAGAGAAUAUCCUAUCAAAUUAAACAAUUUUAUAUUUAAUUAUUCUUCCCAGAUGUAGAUGUAUCGCCCUCAUCGCGCAAUUAUGGGCGUGUCAUUGAGAAGAUAUUAGAAUUCGGCAAGGAACUGUCUAGCAUGGGCCAGCAGCUAGAGAAGGAGAACCUCAUGACUGAAGAGGAGCGUCAAAUGUUGGAGGAUGCAUUUAGCUUGAUUGCCUACUCAAAUCCUUGGUCCAGUCCCUUGGGCUGGCUAUUGUGUCCCUCGCGACGUGAGAACGUUUCCACCACGCUCAACUCAGCCAUAUUAGAAUCGCUCAAUUUUGAGCGUCGGCCACCGCUGGAGUAUUUGGUGGCGCAUGCGGCUGAGCUAUUGAAGCUCAUCGGACAGAAUUCGUUGGGCGAGGAUGCUUUCAUUACCAUCGACGAUGUGUUCCCGCAAAAUUGACCCAGUUCGCCGACGCUGCUGAAGAUGUUCGAGACCACGCUGACCUUGCCGCGCACCAGCGUGCUAACCGAACCGCUGGGCAGCGUGCCAACCACAUCGACGGCCGCUGUGCAAACCACCAAACGGCGGCGACGGCGUCGCAACAAGCGUCGUCGCAAAUCGUCCAUGUCGAGCAGCGAGGCGACCUCAACCCGAACCUACGAUCCCGUCAUGACAGCGACCAGCAUACGCGGUGGCAAUUCAGCUGGUGGUGGUGGUGGUGGUGGCAGUGGUGGUGGUGUUGGCGGUACAGCACGUCGUGGUCGCCAUCGAGGCGUCAGCAGCAGUUCCGCAUCAGCAACAGCUGUGGCAGCAGCGGCAGCGGCAGCAGCAGCAGCAUCGGCAUCAGCAUCGGCAGCGGGUUCGGCAGCAUCAUCAUCGGCCAUGAGCGGUGGCAGCAGCCCGGCGCUAUUUGUGGAUCCGCACGACUUCUUCGAGACGCUCGACUAGAUUAGGAUAAAGAUUAACGAAAACGAUCUGUGUAAUCUGCAUCUCUAUCUGUAUCUGUAGUAGGUUAAUUCUGUUGUUACUUUACCACUUUUUUUACACGCAUCAACUGUGCGCCUAUUUAAGUCCUUCUUUUAACUGAUGCCGCGAUAAUUCAUGCAAUAAUUGUGUUUCUGAUUUAGCGAGAUUUUUAAAUGCAAAACAAA